UCUCCACAUUCUGGCCUUGACCAGGUGCUAUUGAAGAAGAAACACUCAUUGCACGGUCUCGGUCAAAGCCCUUGAAAUUCUAGUGUGUAUAUAUACUCCACCCAUGAUUUUCCAUCGGCAAAAGAUCAGUGUAUUUGGCAAAGAUGACUAGGAAAUUUAUCCAAGUUUGCUACCUGGCAAUUCUUAUAAUUUCCAUUGAAGCUGUAGUCCUGAGAGAUGAACAAAAUAUUGACGAAGGCAAACACGAGGCUGAUCAACAAGUAGUUCAAGAUGUUGAAAAUAAAGUCCAUUCAGUUCCAGCAGUAAUAGAUAGAAUAGACGCGGAUUUACCUCUAUCGGAUCAGAAAGAUGUUAAAACCGAGAAGGAAGAUUUGGAAACGGCCAAUACAUUUUGGGGAGGCUACUAUCGAACUCCAGUUUGGGGAUGGGGCAGAGGAUGGGGUUAUGGAGGAUAUGAUGGUUACCCCUCCUACAGAAGCUAUGGCUGGGGUGGUAGAGGGUAUAACGGCUGGAGCAAUGGCUACAGAGGAUACUAUUGGAGAUAAAUCAUAGUCAAUUCCUUCAAUGAAGAUGUCUGAUGAUUUAGAGGUUUUCGUUGACUAUAAAACUAUAGGUACUAAGAUGAGUAGCAAUUAGGUGUCAAAAGUAAAACGGAGGUCUUCAAAACAUCACGAUUAUACAAGAAUUUGAUUGAUUGAAUAAUGUUUGCCAAUCUUCGUUCUCUAAUGUUAUUUCUGAUUAGUGUAUAAAAUAUAUUUUGCCUACAUUGUUAAUAACGAUACACAAAUUGAUAUGAUUUGUUGACUAUGAGCUGUAGGUGACGGUAUUAUAGGUUGGGCUCAAUUAGAAAUAGCUCAGAGUUGCCAAACUAAUAUUUGAGUUUCUUUAUUUGCAUUAUGUAUGUUAGUUAUAUUGUUUGCUAAGACUUGAAGAGCCAGUUGAUAUACUUAUUAGGAAUACCUAUACAUUUGGCGUUUCCGUUUCAUCAUUUGGUAAAACCUGUUGCCUAAAUCAUCAAUAAACAAAUGUUACUCAGAA